GAGAGGGCGGGGACCAGGCGGUGGCCGCAGUCGCAGGAAUAUGCUGGAAGCCGGCGGGCGGACGCCCAGGCGGUGCUGAAGGGACAGUUCCCGCCGCCAAACUUGCCCCGCGGCGGGAGGGCGGGUGGAGGGCCCCCGAGCCAGCGGGGGCACGUGAGCGAUGGAGACCAUCUGGAUCUACCAAUUCCGCCUCAUCGUGAUCGGGGACUCCACGGUGGGCAAGUCGUGCCUCCUGCACCGCUUCACCCAGGGCCGCUUCCCCGGGCUGCGCUCCCCCGCCUGCGACCCCACGGUCGGCGUGGACUUCUUCUCCCGCCUGCUGGAGAUCGAGCCGGGCAAGCGGAUCAAGCUGCAGCUGUGGGACACGGCGGGGCAGGAGCGCUUCAGAUCAAUAACUCGAUCUUAUUAUCGCAACUCAGUUGGUGGGUUUUUAGUGUUUGACAUCACCAACCGACGCUCUUUCGAACAUGUGAAAGAUUGGCUGGAAGAGGCAAAAAUGCACGUGCAGCCGUUUCGGAUUGUGUUUCUGCUGGUGGGACACAAGUGUGACUUGGCUUCACAGCGACAGGUGACUAGGGAAGAAGCCGAAAACCUGUCCGCAGAUUGUGGUAUGAAGUAUAUAGAAACCUCCGCAAAAGAUGCCACAAACGUCGAGGAGUCCUUUACAAUCUUGACAAGAGACAUUUAUGAACUUAUUAAAAGGGGGGACAUUUGUAUUCAAGAUGGCUGGGAAGGGGUUAAGAGUGGUUUUGUUCCAAAUACUGUGCAUUCUUCCGAAGAGGCAGUGAAGCCCAGAAAAGAGUGCUUCUGCUGACUUCAGACAGGCCAAAGAACUAACGGGAACAGACUGGGUGUCAUCUCAGGAUAAAUACCAACAUGGACGGCAGAAUGAUGCAACGCAAACAUUGGAGAAAGAGUUACAAGCCUGCGCUAACGCUGUUUUGUAAGGUAUUUAAUUCAGAGCACUAUGCUUACUUGCUACACUACCAGAUGGGGUAUUUUGCUAAAUUAUCAGGCAAAGCAGACAACUUUUUCUUGAAACUCGAGUGUCUACAGAAUUAUUCCCUUUCUCACUUUGUUAGAGUACAGCUGACCUUCAUGUCCACGUAUAUCAAUAUGACUCAUUUUUCUUGACAGUUUAAAAUGGGUUUUUUGUGCCUGUGUAGUCUGACUGAAAAGAUUUUAUCAGGCAUUAUAUUCUCAUGAGUUAAUUUGUUAAUACUGAAUAGUAAAGUGGUUUUAAAAGUGCACUGUUCGCUUACAAAGUAAACAAUCUCAGACAUAUCAUCACCUAGGACUAAAAUAACAAUUCCUUGUAUAAGGUACCACGUUUUUAACCAUUCUUUGAAAUAUUUAUCCUCCCUUAAUUUACCUGAACAUAAGAAAAUAAGUUUUAUACUCAUUUUUGUUCUCCGAUUUAUUGCUUUUGAUAAUUUUAUGUUUUGUGAAGAUAUCUAAGGAUCCAAGCAAAAUAUUUUAUUGCAAAUAUUUAUAAAAACAAAAAUGAAGGACGAUUCAUCAGCAAAUAUUUUGAUGUUAUACUAUAUUGUCCUUAUUUAGACAAGAAAAACAAAUUUAUUUAUAUACAGGCAUUUUCAAAGAAAGUAAAUGCAAUUUACCCUGAACUAUUGUCAAAAUUAUUGAUAUAGGU